AUGGCAUCUUCAGAAUAUAAUUAUGAUGAAGAAGGUGAGACAUGGCCAUUCUUUGUAUUGGCGCUUCUCACCUUCAUUUUAUUACCACUUACAUUCAAAUACAUAUUAAGAAUCAUAUCUUCAUCAGAUCCAAUAACAAUUAAUUCCAAAAUCAAAGGAUCAAUCAAAGAAGAUUCUACAACUAUUAAUGUUGAAAAUAAAUCAGAAAUCCAAAGUUUCCAAACUCAACAAAAAACCGAUAAGAUUUUUAAUAAGACUUUAUUAAUGCUUAUUAUUGGUUGGACGAUUGUUAUAUAUAUUGGGAAAUAUGUUACCAAAGAAGCUGAUAUGUCAGGUAUGUUUGAUCCAUAUGCUAUUUUAGAUGUUUCUUUCACAUCUACUGAAAAGGAAAUCAAAUCUCAUUAUAGAAAAUUAUCAUUAAAAUAUCAUCCUGAUAAAUUACCUCGUGAUUUAACCCAAGCAGUUAGAGAUCAAAUGGAACAAGAAUAUAUUAAAUUAACUUCUGCAUAUAAGGCUUUGACUGAUGAAACUAUGAGAGAAAAUUAUUUGAGAUAUGGACAUCCUGAUGGUGAACAACCUACUUCUCAUGGUAUUGCCCUUCCAAAAUUUUUAGUUGAAGGGAAAUAUUCUUCAUUAGUGGUUGUAUUUUAUUUCUUGAUAAUUGGGGUUCUUUUACCUUAUAUUGUUGGAAAAUGGUGGAAUAAUGUUAAAUCUCAUACUAGAAAGGGAUUAAAAGUAGAAACUGCUGCUACGUUUACUAGAAGAUUAACUGAUAGAGAUCCAGGAAAGGUUAUUACUCCAAAUGUUAUUUUAGAUUGGAUAUUAGAAAGUGAAGAAGUUGAAUCUAAAUUUGGUCAUUUAUCAAUGGACCAAAGACGUGAAUUGGUUUAUAAACAUUUUAAUCGUGAUUUUUCUGAUUCUAAUAUUGAAAAGGAUAAAAUUAAACUUGUUUCCAUGUUACCUUUUAUAAUCCAAGGAUUUAUUGAUAUUGCCGUUGUUUUCAGAAUUCAUGAAAUUAUAACCGCAGCUGAAGAUUUAAAAAAAUCAGUUGUUUCAGCAGUUAAACCAUUUGGUAAACAUCAAGAAUUAUUACAAUUACCUUAUGUUGAUGCUCAAGUAGUUUCCAAACAAUCAGUUAAAAAAUUAGGUAAAUUAUUCGCAAUCUCAAAGCAAGAAGCUAAAGAAGCAUUAGGUAUAACCGAUGAUUCCAAACUUGAAAAGGCAUUAGAUAUUGCUUCUCAUAUCCCAAUUCCUCGUAUCGUCGAAGCAGAAUUCAAAGUCCCAGGAGAAAAAGGUGUCAUUCCACCUAAUUCAAGUGCUCAUUUAUCGAUUAAAUUCUUAAUCAAAUCACCCAAAUUAAAAUCAUGUCCCGAGAUUGAAGAUGAAAGAUUAGAAGAUGAAGAAAGCUUUGAAUAUUUGAAAAAUCCUAUGAUUGUGAAUGAAAAACAACCACAAUUGCCAUUUGCAUAUUCCCCAUAUUUCCCCACCAAUUUCCGUAAUUCUUGGAAUUGUUAUUUGAUUGGACAAACUGAUAAUAAAUUAGUGGCUGAAAGUACUGCUUAUGUGAUGGAAAAUGUUGAUUUACUGAAUUUGGAAAUUUCUCAAGAAGUUUGGCAAAAGGGGAAACAAGAACAUGUCAUAUUGAGUACUUUUAAAGUUCCAUUGACACAACCGGUUGGAGACGUUGGUACUUAUGCCUAUAGAUUUAUCAUGAAGAAUAAUGCUUAUUUUGGAGCCGAUAUUGAUAUUCCAGUAUAUUUGGAAGUUAAACCUGCUCCUAUACAAGAAGAACUUGUGAAUUUGAAGAAGAAAUUAGAAGGUGGUAUUGAUGAGGAUGAAUCUGAUUCUGAAAGUGAUAUUUCUGAUCCUGAAGAUGAAACUUUAGCUGGUGCUUUGGCUGCCUUGAGAGGUGAGAAGACAAAGAGUAAAAAGAUCGUGGAGCUUAGUGAUAGUGAUGAAGAGGACGAGAGUGAUGCUGAAAGUGUUUUUACUGAUAUUAAUACUGAUACUGAAGAUGAAGGUGAGAAUUAG